AUGUGGGACAACGUCGAGCUUCUGAUAAGCGACGAUACGGGCAGCGGGCAGCUGAGCAUAAGUUCCAGGCAGGAAUGUGGAAGCGCGCUCUACCAGAUGAACACGCUGCUGAAAAUGACCUCAUCCCAAAAGGUUUUAUCUAACCCGGAACUAAAUGCCUACUGUUUGAAUGAUGGCUGCGUACUGGUGGCUGACAGGACGGUGGUGGCACUUGACAAUAUUUGUCAGACUCUUCAAAUGUUUAUUCAUUUUGAAACGAAGGUGGACAUUGUUGGCUUGUGUCAAGAAGGACAGUUCCUUGUCGCAGGUGAAAGAAGCGGGAACUUGCAUCUGAUUCACGUUUCUUCAAAACAGACCUUGCUAACGAAGGCGUUAGUUGAAAGUUCUUUCGAUGAAAAGGCCUUUUUGGAUCUCAUUCUAAAAAUGGACAGUUCCGUGGAAGGUAUUUAUCAUGCAUUUAUCCUGACCAGCAGAGGCUUUUUCUGUAUUAUGCAUAUUCCACUUGCCAACAUUCAGAAUGCCAUUAUCGAAAUGGACAUCAAUGCUGUCAAGAAGUUACAAAGUCAGGUGGAAACCUGUUUCAUUGCAGUGGAAGAUUACCACACGGCUGGCUGUUUCACUUCUGCGACAAUGGACACCGCCAACACCUUUGCGCUGAUAAUAGGGGGGGUCGGCAACUGUGUGAUGUCUGUGUGGGAAGUGAACCCCAAUAAAAACCUGGUUUCUAUUCAAAACGUUGCUGAUUCAAGCUUGAUUCAAGCUGCAAGGAAGCUUCAAGCCGUGGAGAACUUGCUGUUUGUCUUAGAUGACCAGGAUGUGCUCUCCUUGUGGGACCUCCAGUUGCUGAUUCUGACUUGGGUCUGCCCUUCCGUUCACAUUGAAGAAUUUCUUUUGACCUCCGAAUCGGAUUUUUCGGCAGGAGGAGGACUGGGAACUGCCAAUCUUAAGCUGGUUGCUCUGACGACACCGGAUCAUGUUGAACAGAUGAAGAGCAUUGUGAUUUUUUCACUGCCAACCAUGCAGCAGCUGUAUGCUCUGGAAAUCACCCCCGUUUCCUCGCUGGUGCAGAGUGUCAUAAAUACGGAUACAAUUUACUUUAUGGAGGGAAUGUACGAAAACAAUCAAAAAUCUUCGGCUGAUCCGGUCUCAUUUCUGCUAAUGAGAAGCUUGACGGAAGCCUUACCUGAGAACAGACUGAGCCGUUUACUCCACAAGCACAAGUUUGCUGAGGCCGAGAGUUUCGCUCUUCAGUUUGGACUGGAAAUUGAGCUUGUCUACAAAGUGAAGGCGAAUGCUAUUUUGGAAGGAUUGGCUUCUGCUGGCAGUGAGGAUCAAUCAGCCUGGCUAAACCUUGUACUUCAAGCGAAAGAAACCUUGGAUAAAAUAAAGGAUAACUCAUUUGUGGUUGAGUAUUGCAUAAAUACUCCUUGGCUGACCUAUGAAACAGCUCAGGAAAUGCUGAAUUAUGCUCGGAUGAGGACCCAAAAGAAAGAAGAUGUAGCUGUGACCCAUUUCAUGAAUGUGGAUCCUCCCUCACUCCUUACAGAGGUUCUACGAACGCAAGCAAAACUGGCUACCUUUUAUGAGGCUUUCGGGCCAGAGAAAUACAGUGGAACGACGUGGUUCGAGUUUGUCAACAAUAAGGACGUCUUCAGCUAUAUCCUUUCACAACUCAGAGGAGGAAAGCUCUCUUCUGCCCAGUACCUCUGGUUAAGGCAUCAGGCAGAGUUGGAAAGAAGCUUUAGCCAGGGAAAGCUGGAUGACCUGCUCAGCUCAAUCUCUGGGACUCUUUCUCUCAAAGAGCUGGGCCUGUGGCUUAAGGAGGUGGUUCUUCCGUUCGUAAGGCGAGUUCUACCUCACGGGCAGAAAACAGUAGCAAAGUGGUUAGAAGAUCGUGCUCGAAGCCUCGAAUUGACCGACAAAGCCAACUGGCCAGAAAAUGGCCUUGAGCUGGCACAGGUGUUUUUUACCAGCACAGAUGUCAGUGAUAUUGGACUGGCAUCUUUUUCCCACUGGGAUUUUUUGAAGGACAGUGAAGAUAAGGAGAUCCGGAGCCUGAUGGAUCUGGUCAGCGCCUUACAGAAUUUGGUAGAUCUGCACAGGAAAUAUAACUGUAGGCUGGCUCUCUGUGACUUUGAAAAGAAAACCGCAAACACAAUCGUGUUCUGUAUGCUUGACAAAAUCCUGGCAGCCGAACUCCUUCCAGGGGCUUUAGAGAAGUAUAUUGAACCGUACAUGUGUCGCCAUCAUCUAGAAAAAGAUGAAAUUCUCCUGCAGUACAUAAAGGACCUGCUGCUAUGCCAAUGCACACAAUCGUCGUCCAUUUUUGACACAACGUGGGAGGCCAAAGCCAUAGCGCUCUUGGGCUGCAUGUCCAGCUUAGAGUUGAUCUUCGACGGGGUGUUGGCCCUGAUGCACAGCGCGGUGGUCCCUUGGAGCCCAGGUGUGGAAGACCUAGUGCAGCGGUACCUGGGCAUGGGGCAUGCCAAGGUGAAGCUGCUGGAGGAAGGUCACCGGCUGAUGGAGAUGAAGAAGAUUCUGCGGAGCUACGGAAUACGAGACACCAACCUUUUAAACGAUAAGCAGAUGAUUUUGAUGCUGGCCAAAUACAUCCUUAAACAGAACUCGCCUUCUGCUUUGGAAGACGCCCUGAAGCUCAUAAAGACGUACAUGCUGCCCACUGCCGAAGUCCACGUCUGGAAGAUUGCGGACCUCAUCGACAAAGGAAAGGGAGAAGACGUCCUCGAUCUACUGAAGUCUCUGCCUCCAUCCGAAGCCGUGGAAAUUGCUGAGAGAACCUUGAUUUGGGGGAAAAUCAGAUUGGAGGAAGAUGUGGACACCGUUGAAGAAAAGAAAACGCACCUGCAGGUGAAAAAGGCUUUGGUAGAAAUUUUCAAAUUCCUGCUUAGUCUCCAGAAAGAAAAUCACUUGCAGAAAGAAGAGCGUGAGAAAGAUUUAGAAACCUUUAAAAUUCUGGUAACUCUGCAGGAGAGUUUCGAUAUCUGCAUUUCCCACAAAGAUUAUUGCGAUCCCUCACAGAGGGCUCAGCUCCUGGAAGACCACCUCCGAGCCUACGAAAGAGCAAGGAGAUGCACAAAUCAGGAGGGGGGGGACACCAAGCCGGGAGACCCCAGCAUGAAGAAGGAGCUGACCCAAACGAGGCUGUACAGAUUGGGGUUCCUCCUGCAAAAGUCAGACGCUGAAAUGGGGGCAGCGUUGGCUCUCCACGCAUUAGAGGAUGGAAAGGUCGAAGAGGCGUUGCAGAUAUGCAGUUACUUUUAUGAAUCCCAUCAAAACGAAGAGACAGGACGCCUGUUGUUCCUGGUGUCUCAAAAGCUUUGUCAUAUGUUGGGGUCCAAUAUCCCUAUGGUGUUGCCAGGAGGACAAGAUCUUCCAGAUACGAUCUACACGAUGGCUUGCCAAGCAGCUACACUCUGCAGUCCUGAUCUUCUUCUAGAUAUCUCGGAGUUUUGUAAAUACGCUUCAUUUGCCCGUGAAAUUUAUGCAAAAUGCCAAAUGGAAGAUUUUGGCUUUAUACCACAGGCAACCUCUCUUGACCCCAGUAAAGACCCUUAUGCAGACUGGACAUUUGAGGAUUUCUUCACCGAAGAUGGGGCCGUUCUCGACACGCCCGCCGUGGUUCCUGUCACGUACAAAAUUGCUUCCUCCCUUGUGCCUCUGGCAGAAUGGGAAGCCGCUCCUCUGGAAUCUUCCAGCCUGGCGUACUGUUCGUUCGAACAAGGACAAAACCGUUACCGUUUGUGCGAGAACACCAUCUUCGCUCUGCUUAGCAGCCUCCAAGAAGGUAGCCAGUACGAGCUGGCUUUAGGGCUGGUCUCCUACUCUUUCUGGUCCCUGCUUCAGCACAUGAUCUCCAACAACAUGGAUCUCACUCUAAGUAAAAAACUGCACGACCAGAAAACGCUAGAGGAAGCUCGCUCGUUCCUCCUGGCAAUGAGGCAGAAUUCGGCCUCAGUGACCCAGAGCAUCACGACAGCUUUGUUGCGCAAGGUGUUCAACAGCCACCAGGUGGACCACCAGCUGGCCUUUGGCUACUGCACCCUCCUGCCCAGAGCGAUGAUAUUUGGAAAACUUUGGGACAUCGUCAACCAAACGUCACAGAACUACAAGAAGAUCCUGGCCGUGGCUGUUGUGGGAAGCCAGCUAGCUCUUCACUACGAAGACCCCCAGGAGAAGCAAGCUUUUGAGGAAUUGGUCAUGGACGCCGAGUGGGGCCUCACGCUCGGAAAGCUUGGGAUCUCUUUCCAGAAUAUAUUCAGGAUGCCGUCCGUAAGGAAGAAGGAGCUUCUGAGGACCUUGGUGCAACACCCAAAUGCAGAUACCAGCCUCAUCCUGAAAUUCUGCCGAGCCUUCCACUUAGACACGGAUGCCGCCCUGCAGGUCUACAUCGAAACCCAGCUCCAGCAUGCCAGCCGUGUGAAAGGGGAACUGGAACAGGGUGCUAAGGAGGAGCCUUAUGCCUCGGUGGUGGCCAGAGCCCUAGAGACUAUCCCGCUGCUUGGCAGCACCACCGGCUUGAUGACCAGCCUCAGCACAAUGCUCCACAAAGUGGACCCAUAUAACUACGAAGCCAUUGAAACUCUUUUGACCGUGAUUGAAAGAAGUGGAGGGCAAGCCACAGGCCUCCCACUGAACUGGGCCAACAUGCUCCUAAAACACCUGAAGUCUUAUAAGAGACUUUGUCCUCCGGGUGAUCUGGAACAUCAAUUCGUCUUUGAUCAGGGGCUGUGCCUGUCCCCAGCUGCUCAAACCCGGCUGCCUUUCCAUCUGAUCUUCUUUAAAACGUCCCAGUGCUUCUGGAAGAUCAUUUCUGCAGAAAUCAAUCAGGAAUCCUUCCCAAAGCUGCUUUUGAUAUGCAAAGUCAUGAAGGUUUCCUUGGAUAACCUCUACGUGUCUGCUGUGAACCACAUUUUCCAAGAACAGUUGAAGCCCAAACUGUUAGCGGCGGCAAGCAGUGGUCAGAUAUGGCCAGUGGACAAGAGGACGGAGGAAACCAUGCAAGCUGUCCAGUCGUACUUGCUGGCGAUCACGAAGCCAGAAUGGGCCACAGCCCUCGCCCACCAGAUAGCUCAAGAGCUUCCGACAGGGCCCACCAAGGUCCAGACUCUGACAGUAUGCCUCGGCUUAGCAGAAACAUGGCUGAGGAAUCCCACAGUAACGGACGACUCUCGUGAGAAGGCCCAGGUACAUCUGAAGAAGCUGCAGGGGCAGCACAAGAAGGCGGCCACGGAAGCUGUGUUGGCAGCCCAGAAACUGAACUCGGAGGACCAUCAGAAGCUCCUCGGCAAGCCGGCCAACCUGAUCAUUCUGCUUUAUCAGCACAGCAGCAUCGCUGAGAGAAUCCAAAAUCCAACUGGGAGAGACUAUCCAGACAUCCACGCUGCUGCUAGAGAAAUCGCACAGAUUAACAACCUGGAUCUGAAGAAAAUCUGGGACACGCUGCUGGAGAGGUGGCUGUGUCCGAACGUCCUCCUGACAGGGGAGGCCUCUGGGGGUUCCGAAAAUGUCCAAGAGGAUGAAGAUUUGAAGCGAAUUAUAUACCUUCUUCAACUUUACCCAGUGGAUAAUCAGUUAAGGAUUCUUUACGAAUGUGCCAUGUCUACCACCUCUCCCAUAGGGGUCAACCAGCUGACCUUCGCUCACCGGAGCCGAGCGUUGCGGUGUCUGCUCUUCCUGGCCGAUCCUGCCGCUGUUGAAUCGCUCUUCAAAAUCCCCAUGAACAAAGUCAGGAACUUCAUGAAAUGCUUAAUUUACCUGGCAGAGCUGGAAGUUCUGAACAUCCCUUACACCUACGAGUCCUUCCAGAGGGCCCCGAAGGAAGGCUUGAUUAAAGGGCUGUGGAAGAACCACAGUCAUGAACCCAAGGCAGUCAAACUGGUGGCGGAGCUUUGUAUGGAAUACAAAGUGCACGAUCCCGUGCUUUGGAACGGUUUGCUACAGAAGCUAAUGGGGUUCAAAAUGGUCCACUAUUUGAGGAAAGUUCUAGUAGAGACCUCUGGCAUUUAUUCCUUAUGGCUGAUCCCGAAUUACAGCCGAGCCUGGCACAGUGUCAUUCUGGCACCGGUUCUUUCAGCUUUAUGUCCACCAAAUCCCGACCAACUAGAAGUCUGUUGCAGGAGUUUCAAGAUGCUUCUGAUGUGUCCCGUCCUGGCAGACCUGGAUUUAAUUGGGAUUGCCAAGCGAUACGCCCAGUUAGACCUGGUGGGCCUGGCUCUCGGAUGCCUGGUGCUGAUUCCUUACCCGGAGAAAAGAGCCCAGGAGAUUCAGGCCUUGCUGUCCUCGUCCGACCUCGAGCGGCUGCUGCAGCAGACGGAAGAGCAGCUGAGCCUGGGCGAGGCUGCCGGUGUGGCUUCACAGAUCAGGAGUUUAAUCCUGGACUACAUUCUACACGAAGGCGAGGCAAAGGACUUGGUGGAUGUCAAAUAUUUCCCGUUAUUGAAGUUACAGGAAAGGCGUCCCGGCCAAGCGAAAGGCCUGGUUGAAAAACUUGUGGCUCAGAACAGGAUGGAGGAGGCAGCGUCUCUAAUAACGGAAUAUCUUCAAAAGCCUGCAAUGACUCUCCCGCCAAACCAGACGGCUUCCGAGAUUGUGAAGAUGUACUUCAGUGAGCUGGCAGAAACUCAGCUGUAGCGUCCCCAAAGAUGGUGUUCCUUUUUCCCUUCCUUUUUCUACAGGACAACAUUAUAAUACUGAAUGUUUUUAUCUAAGGAGAGAUG